AUGUCUGCUCUCGACGAAAGCCAAUUCACGACACAGGAAUCCAAGCACCCCAAGAGAUGGUUGAUUGCCUACAAUUCCAUCUCGUCCUCUUUAUGGACACUCGUGCUUUUCAACACCUUCUUCCUCCAUCGCUUCCUCGGUCCCAUCUUGUUGUUUGAGAAGCUGCGCAUCUUCCUCAUCUUUGUCCAGUCGCUUGCCUUAGUUGAGGUGGUCAAUUCUGCUACUGGUGUGGUCAGAUCGCCUCUUUUCACCACGGCGUCUCAGGUGGCCUCGAGAUUGUUGAUCGUGUUGGGCAUUUUCCUUGUGUUGCCUUACUCUCCAGCCAACUACCACUGGGUCUACGUCUCAUUGAACACCGCCUGGGCAGUGACGGAGAUCGUGAGAUACUCCUACUACGCUCUGAACUUGAGAGAUCCAGAGAACGUGCCUUACGUGCUCACGUGGCUCAGAUACACCCUUUUCUACGUGUUGUACCCGGCUGGUGUGGCCUCGGAGGUGUCCAUCAUCUACCUCAGUCUUGGCGAGGCCGAGAGAGCUGUUGGUAUCUGGUAUCGCUACUUCCUUACGGCGAUUCUCUUCACAUAUCCACCAGGUUUGUACAGUUUGUACACCUACAUGAUCAAGCAGAGAAAGAAGGUAUUGGGUGGUGCCAAGAAGACGUCGGAGGGCAAAGAAACCAAGAAGACGGAGUAA